AUGUCAGCCGAUUCGUCGAGCUCUUCAUCUGACGGUGUUCUCGACGAUAUGCUUAUCGCAGUGACGCAGGAGACGAUUAAUCAUUUGCGAGAAGAAGCCCAAUCGACUACAUCGCGUACCAGACAACCGCAUCUUGAACAAGAUCGGUUAGGUGCUCAUGAACGUUUAAUGCACGAUUAUUUUUGUGAAAAUCCGUUGUACGAUGAUGAACAGUUUAGGCGUACGUUUCGUAUGAGCCGUUGUCUUUUCCUAAGAAUUUCUAAUGAUCUUGCGGCCGAAUUCUCUUUUUUCACACAAAAAGAAAGUGCUAGUCGCAAAAUUGGUUUCUCUGGAAUACAAAAGUGUAUUGCCGCAAUUAGACAACUAGUGUACGGCAUAGUGACUAAUGCGUGGGAUGAAUAUUUAAGGAUGUCAGCCAGAAGUUGUCGUGAUUGUCUUGAAAAUUUUUUUGAAGGUGUUAUCUUUCUUUACGGGAGGUGA